AUGGCCGCCAACAUUCUCGACCCGGGCUUCAUGCCCCCUCCACCGCCUGGCCCCAUAACAAUCCGACAAGCCAUCGACGACCUCCAAGUAACGCUCAACCAAAUCCGGCGCAAACUUCGCACCUUGAUCGACUGGUACAUAUUUCCAGAUGUGGUGCCCAACUCGAUCCAAGCCUACGACCCACGCCUCCAAAUUCUACAGAUGCGACUGAAAUCCCUCUCGACCAUCGACUUCCACCGCCGGCUGCCCUACCUGAUCGACAACUCCGACGAUCUCGCCUCCCAGUACUUGAACCAGCUGGUGGACCAGCUCUUGUCCUCCGUUCGGGGAAUCCAGACCAUCUUCGUCGACCACUACGAUCGCGACCUAGCAGAGCGUCGCCCCUUCGGGACCAUCCGGGACACAUUACUCUACCGACAAGACCAGAUCAGGCAACUUCCCAUCGUAUGCCCCAGCAUCCCUGGACGGCGUGGUCCUGUCCCGGUAGAAGACCUCCGCCCCGCCGAACUGGGCAACUUCUGCCCCGGGGCACUGGAGAUCAGCAACCACCGCGACCGGGGCCGCAUCGCGUUCGUCGAGAAAAAGGAACUCAACGACGAAAACCGGCGCAAACUGAAAGCCUUUGGCGGCGCGUUCCUGAACUGGGCGUGCCCCCACUGCGCGUGCAAAGUGCGCUACCACGUCGCCGCCAGCACGACAUCCAACAUCCACAACACGGACGAAAUCCGCGAGCAUGCCGGGCUGGACAUUCAAUACCGCAGCUCCUUUUUAGCGAAAAGCCAUCUCUACCUCCCGCCGUCGGAGAAGACCCUCUCCAACACCGCUUCCCGUCGCGACAUUAGCACCUCCGGCUCCGGCUCUAGCUCCAGCUCCAGCAUCGCUAGGUAUGGCUGCGUAUUCUGCUUCGCGACCGGCCACGAACUCGAGCGCGGACUGACCGCCUUUGACACUGUGCGCGACUUCGCCGAGCACCUUGCCCACGAGCACAGAAGGCCAACGCUGCCACCCAGCCUGCUGAUUCAUCGCUACGCCGUCGCUGUCGAGGGAAAGACCGUCAUCGGGGGACGCUGGGACUUGAAUUUCUUAUGA